AUGGCGUUGUAUACUGAGGAAAUAGCUCUUGAUAACAUAGCAAAUGACAGCACGUUAGAUCCUGUCAAUGAGAUCAUGUAUGGGGCGAUCUCUGGUAUGCUUGGGAAAGUUGUUGAAUAUCCAUUUGAUACUAUCAAGGUGAGGUUACAGUCUGCGACGUCAACUUCAAGUCUUUCAACUUAUCAAUGUAUAGCGCAAACGUAUUCAAAUGAAGGAAUAAUUAAAGGGUUCUACCAAGGUAUCAAGGCCCCUCUCUUGGGUGCAUGUUUAGAAACUUCGAUUUUAUUUGCUUCAUACAAUUUCACAGCAAAUAUAUUCACGAAAUAUCUUCAAGUACCAGAACAUGAGCUUCCAUUAUGGUCUGUUUGUGCUAGUGGAGGUAGUGCUGGGUUCGGUGCAUCAUUCAUUCUCACCCCUAUAGAGCUUGUCAAGUGUAAGCUUCAAGUACAGAACGUUACCCCAGGUCUUCAUGCCAAACCAAGUGGAAAUAUAUAUACUACUGUAAUUAAAGAGGUGAUAGCAAAGGAAGGUAUCCCAGGAUUAUGGCAAGGUUUAUCCAGUACUUUGGUAAGAGAAGUUAUUGGUACAGCCAUUUGGUUUGGAACUUAUGAAUAUGCUACUAGUAUCUUCAAAAAGAGAAAUGAAAAUGGGAAAAAUAAUGAUCUUGAUCUUGUUUUAAGUGGUGCAUUGGCUGGUAUAGUGUUCAAUUUCUCAACAUUUCCUGCCGAUACAAUCAAAUCAAACAUUCAAACUCAAGAAUUAGGACCAAAAAGUUCUGGCUUCUUCAAAGUUGGUAGAAUGUUAUGUCAAAGACCGGGAGGUUUGAAAAAUCUUUAUAAUGGGCUUGGUAUUACAUUGCUUCGGGCUGCGCCUGCAAAUGCAAUCAUCUUCUACUCCUACGAAUUAUUGAAGAGAAACAUUCAAUUAUAA